CAUUCCUCAAGACGAUCUUCUCAUAUGCAUGGGUUCGCCAUCUCGCAGGUCUCACCCACCGCGACGGAACAUUGCCCGGAAGGCCUCUCCCGGGACGGCCGGCAUGGGUUCAACUCCAAGGGGGAGGGGUAUCUGAACCUCCAAGCCCAUAAGCCGCAAGGGCGGGAGGGGGGACUCGCAACCAUCGACCGUGUGGACUAGCUGGUUUCCCGGGUCGAGGUCCCGCGUGUCUUGAAUCUUCUUGUAGGUGAAAAAAGCAACCCAUCAUCUUUCUUGUUGUCUCGAGGAGAUCUCCAGUGCUCCACCAGAGGAGCCAACUUCGGCUGCGGCCCACAACAACAACAACAACGACCCCCCGGGGGGUUCCUGACGGCGGUGGAGGGCGGGCUAGACUUCUGCUUUGAGAUGGAACUGAGCAAACAUUGCCAGGGAACCAGGGGGGGGGUAGAUGCUCUGCGCAUCCAUCAUCCGCAUCAUCACGGAUACAUAAGCCAAAGUGUUCGCACGAUGUUGAAUGUCAUGAGAACUCGGAAACCAUCGCACUGAGCAGCAUUCCCCAAGAAAGACACGGGUUCAUCUAGCAGGUCACGGUAGUCAUCUUCAUCACCACCACCACCAUCAUCGUCAUCAUCUUCUUAUUCCUCAUCUUCCUUCUCCAAGAACUACAAGCCAGUGACAAAAGAUGAGGCGCAACUCGGAAUACAGGGAGGCAGGUCCUCCCCUGGACCUCUGGGUUCCCAUCACCGAGGAGAAGGACAUUGAGAUCAUCAUCACACACAACAUCGGCGACGAGACAUAUCUGGAGAAGGGCACCCAGCAGACGCAGGCCGUCAUGGGAACAGAGUCGUUCACGUCCACCCAUACCGAUGACGAGUCCAGCAGCGUGAGCAGCGUGAGCAGCGAGCCCGAGAAGCCGGCCAUGUCCAAGGCGCGAAGCAUCGCCCUCGUCACAACAGUCAGCGGCGCAAGCUUCAUGAACACCCUCUCAGUACAGGCCGUCGUCAUCAUCCUCCCGACCAUCGGCCGCGACAUCGGCAUCCCGGAAUCCCGCCUCCAGUGGAUCGUCUCGGCCUACUCCCUCGCCUUCGGCUGCUUCCUCCUCCUCUGGGGCCGCAUCGCCGACAUCUACGACAAGCGCAUCAUCUUCAUUGCCGGCACCGCCUGGCUCGCCGCCACCACCCUCGCCAACCCUUUCAUCCCCAACGAGAUCGCCUUCAACCUGUUCCGCGGCCUGCAGGGCCUCGGCGCCGCCGCCAACGUGCCGACCGCCAUCGGCAUCCUGGGGACGACAUUCCCGCCAGGCAAGACGAAGACGUACGCCUUCGUCGCCUACGGCGCCGGCGUGCCACUCGGGAGCGUCUUUGGCACCAUCCUCUCGGGCUUCAUCGCGCAGUACGCCAGCUGGAAGUGGGUGUUUGGCGUCAUGGCCCUUCUUGCCGGUCUCGUCGCCGUUGCCGGCUGCUUCUUCAUCCCGCCCGUCGCCCCAACAGCGGUGGUAGCAGCGCCGGACAAGGUGAAGGCCCCCGGCGCCAGCAAGUUCAAGUCCGUCGACUGGAUCGGCGGCGGCCUCAUCACCGUCGGCCUCUUCGCGCUGAUGCUGGCCCUGACCGAGGGCAACGUGGUCGGCUGGCGGACGCCCUGGAUCCCCGCCGUCAUCGUCGCGUCCCUUGCCGUCAUCGUCGUCUUCUGGUUCUGGCAGCGCCACCUCGAGUUCAAGACGGACCGGCUGCCCCUGAUGAAGACGUCCAUCUUCCACAGCGGCAAGUUCUGCGCCGCGCUCGCCAUCAUGGGCCUCUUCUUCGCCUCCUUCAACAACUUUCUCAUCUUCGCCACCUACUUCUACCAGGACUACCAGGCCAAGUCCGUCCUCACGACGACCCUGUACUUCCUGCCCACGGGCAUCGGCGGCAUCCUCGUCGCCUGGGCCGCCGCCCUCUUGAUCUCGCGCGUGCCCACCUACAUCCUACUCGUCUGCGGCAACGUCUCCGUCUCCAUCGCCUGUCUCCUCUUCGCGACGCCGAUCCCGACGAGCACGUCCUACUUCGCCUACGGCCUGCCCGCCAUGCUGCUGUCCGUCAUCGGCGCCGACAUGGCGUGGCCCACGCUCAUUCUUUUUGUCUCCAAGGCGCUGCCCCAGGAGGACCAGGCCCUGGGAGGCGCGCUCGUCAACUCGGUUGGCCAGGUCGGUCGGUCCAUCGGCCUCGCCAUCUCCACGGCCGUCCAGACGGCCAUCAUGGCCAAAGCUAGGGGUGUCUCGGUCGAGAACGCGGGCCCCGUGGAGGAGUGGGACCAGCCCUCGUUGGACGGUCUCCGGGCGGCCAACUGGAUGAACUUUGCCCUCGGCAUCACUUCCCUUACCAUUGUCGUAUUAUUCUUCCGCAGCUCAGAGAUUGUGGGGAGGGCCGAGUCGGCGCCAAGGAAGAAGGCGUCGGAUGUUGAAGAAGGGGUCGUGACCCGCAGCGAGAUCAUUAUGGAUAAAGACUAG